GGCACACUGCUAAUAAGAUUUUCUUUCAUUUUCAAAAAACAUCAACAAAAAACCCUUUUUAAUACAAUUUACCAUGUACAACGUAGACUGCAUUGCCAUUAAGGACAUCAAGCCGGGCCUGAAGAACAUCAAUGUCAUCUUCAUCGUGCUGGAGGUGGGCGUGGCCACCGUUACGAAGGAAAAUCGGGAAGUGCGAAAUUUCAAAGUCGGCGAUCCCACAGCCUGCAUUAAUGUCUCCAUUUGGGACGAGCCGGGAAAGCUCAUUGCACCCGGCGACAUUAUAAGACUUACAAAGGGCUAUGCUUCCAUUUGGAGACACUGCCUGACUCUGUACUCCGGCAAGAACGGCGAGGUCUUCAAGAUUGGCGAAUUCUGCAUGAUUUUCAACGAGGGCCUUAACAUGAGCGAACCAAAAAGACCGGAACAGCAGGCGGUGGCCAAUGCCGGCGGAGCAGUGCCAGUUGGACUGCCAGCGGGAAGUGGAGCACCUGUGGCGGCCGCUGCAUCUGGUGCAUCCACUGCCCAGAGCCCAGCAACAACGGCACCAGCUUCUUCUGCGUCCAAUACGCCUCAGACGGGCGGAAAGCAGGGCACACGCGGCGGAAGAGGAGGCGGAGGACGUGGCGGCCUCAAGGGCGACCGGCGAUAAAGAUUAAGGGGAUUUUCAUAGGUUUAAAGGGGAAUUAGAAGUACAGAAAAUAAGAAGAUUGAUUAAAUAUUAGUGACUUGUUUUACAAAAUCGGACCUGUUUCCAUUUUUAAACUUUAAUAUAAUUAAAAAACAACUUGAGAUUCUGCAAAUCUGAAAUUUUAGAGGAAUUUAUAACAACAGUAAUACUAUCAGUAGCUAUAAAAUUAAGCUAUGUAUGUUUAGUUUACUGGACUUAAAAAUAUACAGCUGUGUUCACGGAAAUAGCAGUGCCCAACGACCUGCACGUUUAAGAUCGGAAA